AUGUACGGAUCGCCGGCGAAUUCUAAGGACCUGAAUCUUAGAAUUCCGGCGGCAUCGAUCAACCAGGGGAAGGAGGAGUCUGACCUUGGCCAGAACCAACAGCAGCAGGAGCAGCAGAUGAGCAGUGGCCUGCUGCGAUAUCGAUCGGCGCCGAGUUCUCUGCUGGGGGAGAUGUGCGAGAGUUUCUUCCCUCACCGAUCGUCCACCGGAGAGGCAGAGACUAUGUUCACCAGAUUCAUGUCCCCGGAUCUCCGGGACCAGAUCGGGGAGAAGUCGUCCCCGCACAAGAGCAUCCGGUUUUUACCGGAGAUUGAGCAAGAGGUUGGGGAGGCCUCUCACCAACAGAAUGGCGGCUUCCCCUCGUCUGCUCCGCAUGUCGCCGCCUACCACGCCUCCGGUUCUCCGGCGGCACUGGAGGGAUCCUACCGCGUGGCGACCUCGACGUCCAUGGAGAGCGAGCGGGAGAGCAGCGGCACCAGAAGAUCUGUUCCAAUCCGGCAGAGCAGUUCUCCGGCGAGCCUUUUCUCCCUCUUGAGCGCGGAGAAUGGUAAAACCUUCGCCACUCAAUCGCAUAUCCUCCGCCAACCUUUAUUCUGGCGGUGAUUCCAGCCAUGAACUGUAUCGAUCUCUGUAGAUUUCUCUGUGUUGAGCGGAAUCGGAGGGUUUAGGUCCGGAAACUGUUCCAACGGAGAACCCAAUCCGUCCAGCAGCCGGAUGAAAGGCCAGAUAAGCUUCUCCUCGAGGCAUUCGUCGUCCUCGAGUUUGAUAUCUCAGAUCUCAGAGAUCGGGGGAGAAGCCAUGGCAGGGAGCAGCCCCGAAGACGGCGGCCGCUGCUUCAUCCCGGGGCUCCCUGUCGCCGCCUGGGACGAUCCCCCCGAUGGCUUCUCCAUCGCUAUCAAGAGACCCAGAGAUCCAUCGGAAGCUCAGGUACCAUACCGCGGCUCCUCCUCUCUGAUCAUCAUCUUCUCCUUCUCACCAGAUUUCUCGCUCGAUAUCUAUAGAUUGGAGAAGCCGGUAGCGGCCACAUCCCGACCUUGGCUCACCAUUUCAACCUGCCGAAGACCUCCUCGGAGAUGGCCGCCGUCCUCCAAUUCCAGGACGCCAUCCCCUGCAAGAUCCGCGCCAAGCGCGGCUGCGCCACUCACCCUCGGAGCAUCGCAGAGAGGGUAACUCCCACCACCGCUCUCCCUCGCCCUCUCGAUUGGAUCUCCUUCUGAUGAACCGAAUUUUCCCAGAUAAGGAGGACGAGGAUCAGCGAGCGGAUCAGGAGGUUGCAGGAGCUCGUCCCCAACAUGGACAAGGUACGAUCGAUCGAUGAUCCGCAGGAAAUGAAGGAACCGAAACCCUAGCUCCCAACCCUAAUACCUGCCUCCAUCUCCUGCAGCAAACGAACACCGCUGACAUGCUGGACUUCGCUGUGGAAUACAUCAGAGAGCUCGAGGAGCAGGUCAAGGUACUCGACCACUUCCACAGCCACGCCUGAAAAUUCUCCCCCAUGGCCCCUAACACGUCCCCUGUCUGGUUGGGCCCUGAACAGAGCCUCUCCGAGACCAAGACCAACUGUACGUGCUCAGCCAGCAAGGAGAAGCCAUAG